UAUGCUCAUAUUUUGUCUUUUAUAUUCUUGUUUAAGAGAAAAAUAAAAAUUAACGUUUUUAUUGGUAACUUAAGGUUGAAACCCAAAAAGAAGAACCAAAAAAGGCAAAGAGAACCGAGAUUUGCGUUCAUGACAAAGAGUGAAAUUGAUAAUUUGGAUGAUGGCUAUAGAUGGAGAAAGUACGGCCAAAAGGCAGUGAAAAACAGCCCCUUUCCAAGGAGUUAUUAUCGUUGCACUAGUGCUGCUUGUGGUGUGAAGAAAAGAGUUGAAAGAUCAUCUGAGGAUCCAUCCGUAGUUGUCACAACCUAUGAGGGUGCCCACACACACCCAUGUCCGAUAACGCCUCGUGGAAGCUUCGGAAUAAUGCCAGAAAACACCACUUUUGGUGGAGUCGGAAUCUGCAGUGGUGGUGGUAGUGGUGGCGAUGGUGGUUCUUCUUUUGCCAUCCCUCAAGUGAUUCAUUAUCAAAACCAACAGCAUCAAAUUCAGCAGCAACCCUAUUUCCAUAAUUUGACACCACCUUUGAGUUUCACCAAUACUAAUCCGUUACUUCCCCGGCCUCAUCAAGAAAGACCAUUUUACCCCUCUGCAGCUCCUCUAGCCAGAGACCAUGGACUUCUAGAAGAUAUGCUACCCUCACAAAUUCUGAAGGAGACAAAGGAGGACUAAAAGGGAAAUUCACCUUGCUGUGAUUGGUAUGUUAUUUUCCCACUGACAAAUGAAGUUGUGGUUUUCUUUAGACAUAAACCCACUUCAAAUUUACUUUAGAAACUCUAUUAUUUGCGUGUAAAUUACUAGCUUUUAUCUCAUUUGGGUACUAGUUUGCUGAUUAAAUUAAUUUUCUUUCUUAUUUCUUGUACUUGAUUAAAUUCUACUAAUAGUUAAGACUGCUUAAUUUUCUCAUA